ACACACCGGAAACUGGUUUGAUGCCAUUAUUGAUUACGAAUUUCCGUUUGCUGGAUCACGAUUUUGCUUAGGAUGAAUAUAGGUACAGCAACGAGUGAGGAAAACCCCACCCAUUCCUACCUGGGCUCGCGUGGAAUCUGGAUUACAUACGUCCUUAUCGUGCUGAUCACGCACUUCAUGCUACUCACAAUUCCCUUCUUCUCAGUAGCUGUGGCAUGGACUCUCACAAAUGUCAUUCACUGCAUCAUAACUUAUUUCAUGCUGCAUGUCACAAAAGGCACUCCAUGGGGCACUCCAGAACAAGGAAAAGCCCGGACUCAAACACAGUGGGAACAAAUUGACUGUGGACAGCAGUUUACUCCAACUAAGAAAUUCUUGACCAUCGUUCCCAUAGUAAUAUUUUUCCUGGCCAGUUUUUACACUAAAUAUGAUUCAACACACUUCUUCAUAAACCUGGCAGCCUUAGGUCUCAGUGUCAUACCCAAACUCCCCCAGCUUCACGGGGUACGGAUCUUCAAUAUCAACAAGUGGUGAAACGGAACACUGAUUCACUGCUUGGACUGGACUGGUGGGCGGGGGGAUACAGUAGCAUGUUUUUUUUCCAAGGGAGACAAUUUUGUCAACUGGUGAUGAUAUUCCUGGGAAGAGACAAUCACAGUAUAUUACAUGCUGAAGGAGCUGAGGAGACUUUUUAAAAUUUGUGAUAGUGUUGCAUAAUUUAAUGUCUUAGUAUAAAGUGAGGGUUUGUAACUAGGAGUGGAUAUAAAUGCGGUGUUAUGAAGUUGUGUGAGAUUGCAUAGAUAUUAAAACAGUAUCUAUAGUAAUUUAUGUGUGGGUGCAUAUGUCUACACAGGUAGUGUUUAUCUCAACUUACCGAGUGUGUUUCCAUGUUGGGUAAUUUGACCUUGACAAGUAAAAUGAAGAUGCAUGACAGAUGACUGAGUGUAAAACAUAUUUCGAGCAGAUAGUUGUAACUACCUUUCUGAUCACCUAAUCAACCUACCUACUUUAAACAUUGUCCACUAGAUUAUUAUUUAUGUGUGUGUGUGUAUAUAUAUAUAUAUAUAUAUAUAUAAUUUGUAUAUAUACAGUAACACAUUAAACAGACUGACUGAGCUAUUGGUAUAAAUAAGAAAAUGUCUCUCGAUAAAAUUAAUUUGGAAUAAGAAUAGGAAUAACAUAACACUGCAGAUAUUUCCCCCCCAGUGGUUACUACUUAGACAGCACGCACAUUGUCCCUGGGAGACCCUUAGUUGGAUAAUCAUGCAUUAUGUUUUCUGUGACUACAUUUACAUGCAUUUGUAUUAUGAAUAUUAAAUUAUAACAUCUUCAUUGGUCUGAUUUUAAGAAACACACCUUUUAACAAAGAUUAUUUGCAAAUUUAACUGGACAGCGGUUUUUGUUUGUAAAAAAAUUCUUGUGUCCACGAUCUCUACGAAAAGUUGAUGCUUCAGUCUGGAAACCAGACAUAUAUGUUUCUGGAAAUCUAUUAAAUUUCUUAGCAAAUUUUGAUGUGUCUUGGAAGAUGUUCUCAUUUUGAGAGCUACAUGUAUAACUCUGUUUUGUAAAAAUAGUGGUAUGAUGCAUUGUUUUUAAUUAUCAUGCAAUUAUUUCAAUGAAUUAAAUUCCGUCAAACAUCAGCUCUAUUGAUGAAUAUCCAAAUAUUUUUUGGCAUCUUUUACAAUCAUUGGUGUAUAAUUGGAAUGAUAAGGAGGAUAAUGGCAUAUAUAUACAGUAGAACAUGGAUACAGUGAACAUGCUUAUGAUGAAGUCACACUUACAGCGAAGUGAUUUUUAUACCUUGUAGUUAUAAACAAUUAUGAACUCAUUGUAUAUAAAGAAUUGCAUUAAUAAUGAAUCAAAAUUGUUUGUCCCCAGCACUUUGCUGUAAGUGUGUAUUACUGUAGUGAGAUACAUCUGGUUACCAAUCCAUAAUUACAUGUAUAAAAUUGUGCUAGUGCAUUAGUUUAUUGUGUACAUAGUUGCUAUGGUUUUCAGGGGCAGAUCCAGGAAGUUUUGAAAGGGGAGGGGGGGGGGGGGGUUCUACCAUUAAUUUUGGUUUUCAAAGGUGGUGGGGGUGGUUCCACCCUCAAAAUGCAUGAUUUGUACCUUUUUUUUAAAGUAAAAUUUUCUGACAAAAAUAGGGGGAGGGGUUCUGCACCCCCUCCCCUCUGGAUCUGCCACUGACUUUAGCCAUGAUGAUUUGAUUGUUUCUUUAAUGAAAUGGAGACGGUACAAGAGUAUGAUGUUCACCAAUGGUUGGACUGCUGGCGGUCCCGCAUAUUUGGCGAGGGCAUUUGUAAAAAGAAAAUUGUUUUCUGUACCCAUGUCAGUAUUUUUAGUAAUUGAAUUUGUCUCCUUUGUCCCGAUUGGUCCACUGAUCUCCAGGAUUUUACAAUUGAAAUCUUAAUUGGAAAAUAAAUCUAGAAGUCUAUUUUGAAAAAUUUGUUUGUAAAUACAUGCAUGUAUGAAAUCUGUUGGGGUUUUAUGUACGUUUUUUGUCACGCAUCUUAGUGUGCAUCAAAAUUCCACAACAUUCCAAGGGACGUGCAGUAAUGCUGAUUCCAGACAAACAAAUAAUUAACGUCUAUUCACCUGGUCAGUCAUGAAAUAUUUAAUAUUUUUUUCUGCAGUGAAGGACUGCAAAAGGUAAAGACUGUAUGUCCAGGUCUCGAAAUUAACACAUGCCUGUCAGUCCGUGACUGGUUAAAAGUCUGGCGGACUGACUGACAUUUGUUUUAGUCAGUCCGAUGGAACUAGUUAAUUUCCUAAAGCAUCAUUUUGGAAAAUAUACUUAUGAAAUUUUAUACACACAUUUAGCAUGCUUCGAUCUGUAAAUAUUAGACGAAUCUGGUUCGUAAGUAUAAAUCCGACAUUUAACUGUUACAAUAUUGUCUGAGGCAUAUUGAGUUAAAUUUUAUUUUAAUAACAUAAACGAAAUAUGAUUUAUUAUUUCUGGAAAACUGUUGGACUGGUAAAUUUUUCUGCGGACUGGUUGAAAUUAUACCCCCAUCAGUCCGGCUGGACUGGUGACAUAAAAAGUUAGCUUCAAGCCCUGAUGUCCCCCUCAAGAUUGGCAGUCAUUCUUUUGUUUCAAAGUCAAGUGUAUUUUCUGCAACAACCAUGAUGCAACUCUGUUAUUAUUCUUGGUGUUAUCAAAAUUAUGUAGACGUGGAAUUAAGAUGUCGCAAACUUGAUAUUCUGUUGCCAUUGUUUGGUAUUUUGACAAAAUUGCUAUUGUUCAUGUAGUUUUUCUUCCAGAAAACAUGGAAUGCAAGCUUGGAUUUUUACUUCAUAUCUAUAACAUAAAAUUAUCUUUUCAGCACAAAAAUGUGAUAGAACUAAUUUUGUUUGUCCAGAGCUGUGUUCUAUGUUUCCUGAAAGAAAAAGGUUCUCAAAAAGAAUAGCAUUUUAAAAACUGAAUUUGAGUAAAGUUCAGGAAUUGCAUCACUUUUGAUUCUUGUAAAUAGAGACAAAUGGUGUACAAGCUUUUAUUGGACAUGAUUGAAGUAAAGCUUAAAUUGAGUUUACAGGAGCCGAAAAAGUUUAUUCUUAUACAUGUACGUAGUCCUUUAUAAUUCUUGCAAUAAUACACUCAUCUGUUAUGCUGUUUUAAGAAAUAUAAUAUGAAUUAAAAUCUCCGUCCAAAUUUUUCAGACAGGCGAGCAACAAAUUAUAUUUUGAUGCUCAUGCAGACCCAGAUUUUCUCGUCCCAUUAGCGGUGUGGUUAGGAUGCUUGAGUCGCAACCAGGUGGAGGCCCGGGGUUUGAUUCUGUAUCCUGGUGCCGCAUUAAAACUGACAAUUUAAAUAACAUGGGUAGUAUCUAUUAUUAGAAGUACGUCAGGGGUCUUUUGAAUACGUCGUGAAGAGAAUGAAAAAUUCUCAAACUCCGACAUACAAAUCGUACAAACAAAAUUAAACUCUCAAAAUGUAAUGUGUCGGGCAGGUUUUUUUUUUUAAAAAUUCUUUCAUUUUUACCCUAACUGUAGCAUGAGUUACUUGUAUUUGUUUAACUGACUUUAGAAGAAUAUAUCACAAAAAGAUAUAUUAAUGUCUUUCCUUGAUUACUGUAAUUAUUGAAUGCAUUGAGUAAUGUGACAGUCUUCAGCAUGAUCAUGCACAUUUAUGAUAUUAAAAUUUGUACAUUCAGGGGUUUUUCUUUUCCCCUGACUAGUAUGUCAAAUGUUGAGACAAUUUUGACUAUGUGAUUCAAGAUUUUUCUGUAAAUUUUAUGUAAACGGUCAUCUAUAAGUAAUAUAGAAAGAUGAGGUAUAUAUACUCAUGUUACAUGAGAUUAUAUAUAUAUCUAAGGUCAUUUGGUCAAGGUCAAAGGAAUGUGUAUAUAUAUGAAGAAGAAAACAGUCACAUUUGACACAAAGGAUGCCUAUGACUUGUAUAUGUUUUAGACUGUCACAUUUGACACACGGGAUGCCUAUGACUUGUAUAUAUGCCCUGAUCCUAAUUCAUUGUUAUUAUUGACAAGGUCGAAGGGAGAACAAGUAUAUCAAUCUUCAUGCUGUAUCUUACAGAUACUGGAAGGCUUAUUCUUCAUUAUGGAGGUUAGAUAUGGCUUUUAGCUUACAAAGUUCAUAUUGGUAUGGCAUCGAGGUAUGUAUUAUUUUGACUCGGUUUGAAUGUGUCCUGUAGGAGUGAUGACCAUCCUGUAUAUGCUUUUGUUUGACUGUGUACAUUGUUUGUAGUUGACUGAUAGAUGUCAUUGUACAGAUAAGCCAUUAUGCUUGUUAUCAAUAAAAUUUCUUUCAAUGUAAA